AGAGAAUCUAGUUAUUAAAGAUUAGAUAUGCGAAUAAUCGUCGUCACAAUCUCUUCCUCAUAUUUAUUUCUCUGGUCUUAUUUAUUUAUUAAUAGGCCUCUCUGAAUCUUCUUCGGUACGAGUAUGAGCCACGAUAGAGAGUUGGUUUCGAUCGUUAGGGGUAUUUUGGUCAAUUGACAUGUUCGUUGGCCCAUCUCCGCCGCACACACCACUCGUUAACCGCCGUAACAUCAACAACCACCGGCCUCGUAACGCAACCGUCACCUCCGCUUUACCUGAUAUUUUCCUCGCGGCGGUCUCUCUCCUUUUCCUCUGGUCAUCUCCUAAACCUCUAGUCUCUCUUCCUCCGAACAGAUUCUCUUUCCCUCUAAAUCCUCGCCGUCGAUCCAUCACCGCCAUGUCUCGCCGAUCUCCUCCUCCUCCUCCUCCUACUCAACGCUUCGCUAAUCCUCAAUCUCUCUCCGAUUGGCUCGAAUCGCGAUUACCUUCCGAUUCAUUCGCCGCUUGGGGAGUCAAACCGGGAACCAAAAACGUUCAUAACCUCUGGCUAGAACUCUCCGACGGCGAAACUUCUCUCGCCGAUUCAACUCCUCCAGUACGCACCGUCAACGUCGUCACCGUUCGAGUAAUCGGAAAAAACGGACGAAUCCUAGUGGAAGCUCAUCAGGAAUUAUCCGAUGGGAGUAUUCGUGAAAGAUUUCGUCCUUUAUCAGAGAAAAUGAAGCCUGAAGAAUCUCCCGACGAAGCAGUUUUUCGCGCCAUAAAAGAAGAGCUCGGAUCUAUCUUCAAUGGCGAUGGUGAUAACAUUGGACAGAGAAUUAAGAUUCUUCCCGGAACUUAUAACAGAAGAGUUGAAGAAAGGAACUCGCUAUCGUAUCCAGGAUUACCGGCGCGUUACGCUCUUCACUCUGUGAAUGCAACGGUGGAGGGAUUACCGGAGCAAGAUUUCUGUACGGAGGAAAAAGAGUACGAGGGAGGAGACUCGACGAAAGAUUCGGUUGAAACACUCGCCGCUGGGAAUGCUGUAACUGUGAAACGACAUUACUGGAAAUGGGUUAGUCCUGAUUCGAUUCGAUCUUAAAAAAAAUCUCAAAACAAAGCUUUUCACAAAUUUUAUCAAUCUUGCUUUUGAUACAUGAAUAAUCAGAGAGCCAUGUAGAGAUACAUAUACACAUUUAUAUAUGUUCAUAAUCAUCUUCUUCGUUUGGCUAUUUUUGUGUUAGUGGAUACUAUUCUCCAGAAGUUUUGAUCUCACUAUAGCUUAUCUUCUUCGAGUUCAUUGUUUUGUG